GCCAUGGCCUCGGAGCAGCCUCUUGCUGAACCGCCGCCGCCGCCGUCGCCUCCGCGGGGCUCCGUGCCCGAACCGGCGGUGAUGAAACUGACGCGCGGCCAUUCCUGCGUCUUGUGCCAGCAGCGAAAAGUCCGCUGCGACAAACAAAAGCCCUGUGCCAACUGUGUCAAGGCCCAGGUCGAGUGUCGCGUCGUGCCCCCACAACCGCCCCGGCGCAGGAAGAAGAAGCCGCAGGAGCGCGACCUGCUGGAACGCCUGCGCAAGUAUGAGUCGCUGCUGUCUCAGGCUGGCGUCAACUUCGAGCCUAUCGCCCAUGAACUCAAGCCUUCGGAUCACGGAGACGACGUCACCGACCUGGAGCAGGAUCUUAGCGGGCUUAAGACGUCGCCUCCGAGCUCCAACGACCAUGUCUCUCCAGAUCAGGGUCAUGACAAGUCAGUUUCGGUUCCAUUCACCCAUGAGACUCGCAUGCUCUCUUCAUCUACCGAUCACGGCUGA